CGCCUUUCAGAACCGUUGCCAGGGAACGGGCCCGGCAGGGGAGACUCCCCAGAGGAAAUUCCGCCUGCUGCGGGACCCCCUGGACCCACCGGAAGGCAGGCAAGGGACACUGUACACUCUGGUGUGUGGUUUUCCCACGGGCCCAUCCCCACCGCUCCGGCUGCCCUCUUCCGGCUCCUGCAGGCAAAGCCUGUGCCAGGCUUUCUCUGGUGGGGCCUGGCACCGACGGCUGGGAGCCCACCGGGUACGGCAGAGAUGGGGAACAGCAGGAGCCGUGCGGAGCCGGAGCGCUGCCCCCAGUUCCUUCCCGAGGAGCAGGCGGAGGUCGACUCGCUGUUCGAUGCCCUGUCGUCGGGCGAGGACAGCUCUGAGCCCUCGUCCAGGUCCUUCUCACUGCGGGCGCUGAAGAACCACAUUGGGGAAGCCCUUCCUCCAGAGAUGGUCACCAGACUGUACGACGGCAUGCAGAGAGUCAACCCGACGCGGAGCGCACAUGGGCCCAGCCAGGGCGUCUCUCAGGAGCAGUUCACGGUGUCCAUGUCCCACCUGCUGAAAGGCAACUCUGAGGAGAAGAGUCUCAUGAUUCUGAAGAUGAUUUCUGCCAAGGAAGGUCCCGUGACAGUCAGAGAACUCCAGCAGUUUACAGAGGAUCUGGUUGGCUCUGUGGAGCACGUGCUGGCCCAUAGGCAGGAGCUGAGGGGCUGGACCCGGAAGAAGGCCCCCGGGGCCCCCACCAGGGUGCAGGCGCUGGCUGCUCACCUGCUGUCUGAGAUGAAGCUUCCAGAUGGCAGCAGGCUGCUGGGGGCUCACUGGCUGGACGGUGCCUGUGACCGAGCCGCGAUCGAGGACUGGGUGUUCAGGGUUCCCCACGUGGCCACGUUCCUGAGGGUGGUCAUCCACCAAGGCUUCCUGGUCCUGUGUUCGUCCCUCGAUCUGGCCACGCUGGUGCCCGAGUGCCAGGUGGGCCACGGGCGGGAGUUGGAGAGCAUUCUGGACGUGCUCGCGGUCAUCUUCCUCAACUCCUGCCUGGCCCAGGGGCAGCGGCACCGCUGGCGCCUGCUCUUCUCCUCGCAGCUCCACGGGCAGAGCUUCUCGCAGCUCUGCGGGCACAUCACGCACCAGGGGCCCUGCCUGACGCUCCUCGAGGACCAGGACGGACACGUGUUCGGUGGCUUUGCCUCCUGCUCCUGGGAGGUCAAGCCGCAGUUCCAAGGGGAUGACCGGUGCUUCCUGUUCUCCAUCUCCCCCAGCAUGGCCGUGUACGAGCACACGGGCUACAAUGACCACUUCAUGUACUUGAACUGCGGGCAGCAGACCAUCCCCAAUGGACUGAUGCUGACUUCGGGAAGGGACACAGCAAGGCCAAGCCCACGUGCACCACCUACAACAGCCCGCAGCUGUCCGCCAAGGAGAACUUCCUGUUUGACAAGAUGGAGGUGUGGGCCGUGGGAGACCCCUCGGAGUCGCAGCUGGUCCAGGGCAAAAAGAGCAUCCUCGACAUUGACCUGGAGGCCAAGGCCCUGCUGGAGAUCAGUGGGCGGACUCGCCACAGCGAAGGGAUCCGGGAGGCCCAGGUCACCACCAGUGAGGAGGACGCCUAGGCAGCGGGGCUUCCAGAGCUUGGACGCAGACGUCCCUGGGCACAGCGCGCUUGGCCUUCCCCGGGUGGAGCGCGGGGGCCUCGGACCUGCCUGCCCACGCUGGCCCAACUCCGUGGAGCCACGCGGCUCGCCUGGACUCCCUGGACGGGCUUCAGCAGAACACCCUGUGCCAAGACGAUCCCUCUGCUGCCACGGAUGGAUCCGGGAGGUCAUCUCCUGGAAAUCCCAAGUGUCGGAUCAGCAAGUCAAUCCUAGGCUUUGUUCACGUCUCAUCAAUGAAAUCCCAAGACACAGACAUUUGGAACUCCGCUGGAACUGGGGAUUAUGGGGAUGUGACUUCUUGUCAUGCUGGAGUUCCACCGCUGGCCACCUGGCCUCUGCUCAGGCCAUCCUGAUUAGUGCCUUGAUCGUCCACUUGACUGGUAAAGGACGGACGUUUGGACGAGAAUCUUGGUGUUUGUGGGAACAGCUUCCUCUGGCGUGGAAUUCGUGCUUCUAUACGAAGAGCCUGCUGUGGGGAGGUGGCUGGAGUGUAGGGGACGCGCCCCUCGGUGGCGGGACCUCGCUUGUGUCAGGGCUCUGCCUCUGGCUUUCCCGCACAGACCUGCACAGUGAGCGAUGGGAAAAGCAGGGGUUCGCAGAGACGCCAGGUGGUGGCUCUGUUGCUAACCCACAUGUGGGCCACCCUUGGGGUCCUGAGGCUGGAGCCACCCGUAAGUCAGUGGCGAGUGACACCCCGGGCUGCUGGGUUGAGGCCUCCAGGCACCGGCCGUGUCCCAGCCCCAGUGUCACCCCUGGUGGGGCGCUGCCCCGGGGGAUGGUGGGGCGCUGCCCCGGGGGAUGGUGGGGCGCUGCAGGCUGGCCUUACGCCCCGGUGUGCUCCGUGCUGUGGAUGACGAGGGUGGGCACAGCUGCCUCUCCUACCCUCCGACGGGGGCUGCAGAGCUGCACGGGGGUGAGCGGGUGCUGCUGAGGCCCCUCCUCCUAACAGCAGCCAUGAGCUCCGAGCGCCCCAGGGACGGUCCCCUUUGUGUCUGGCAGGGUUCAGGAGCUGCGGCCCUUUGGUACAUAGCCUGCCUGGAUUAAAAGCCAUACUGAACUGAGCUGUUUGCACUUCACGGAUUCCCUGUUCUCCCAGGGGCUGUGGGCCUUCCGCUGAAUCCCACCCUGAGGCGGAGGCCUCGUCGAUCAGUGCAGAGGGUGCAGCGUGACCCACAGGGACUCGCUCCCCGUCGUCCUCUUCCUAAGGAGCCAGUUUUCAGUGGCUUGUGGGGCAUUCCCUGGUCUUCCUGAGAGGACAGUCCCUACCACGGAUCCCAAGAGCUAGGUCCCCAGUGGUCACUUUGUUUUGGAUUUUUAAAAAAUGCACAGUUAACUACGUCAGCAGGUCUACAGGGGUGCGCCUCGACACACGUCACUGCUGGGGCCGCCACGCCGCGCACCCCUUGCUUCUUGACCUUGUGCCUGUCC